ACCGUAUGAUGAGAAGACAAUUAUAUAGUUAACUGAAUGAUUGGACUAGCUAGUGCUAUUGCUAAUUGUCGAUUUUUAUCAUCACUGUGAUAUUAAUUAAUGAAUUUAAUGUGAAUGUUAACACUGAAUCGUAGGAAUAUGAGCCAUGCAAAUUAAGAUAGUAAGAGUUAGUAGCUAGAACCAGAAGACACCGCUGCUAAAAUAAUGUGAGCACUGAGCAGUGUGUGAGACUGUGAGUGAAACAAAAGGCAAGUGUACUUAGUAGGCACCACAGGCAAACACGUUGUAUGCCUAAUUAAUAAAACUUCAUUUCUCUUUGUUGUCAGAGGAAGCCAUAAAUAUCAUCCAAACUUGUUAUUUGAUUGUCCAUUGCAAUUUGCAAGCAUUGACAUCAUUGAUUCAACAAUAUUGUUACUACUUAAACACAAUUCAACACUUCACUCUCCUUGUCCUUCUAUCUUCCAAAAUGGACAAGGAACUUCAACUUUCAUCUGUUGUUGAUGUUCAUCAUGAUCAUGAACAACAACCUCAAAAACGCAAGGGUGGUCUUAUCACCUUGCCUUUCAUCAUUGCAAAUCAGGCACUUGCUAGCAUGGCAGGUGUGGGACUAUUACCAAACAUGAUAUUGUAUUUUAUGGGAAGUUAUAGGCUACAUCUUGGAAAAGCUACACAGAUUCUUCUCUUAUACUCAGCAGCCAACAAUUCCACACCUGUAAUUGGUGCUUUUAUUGCAGAUUCUUAUUUGGGUCGAUUCCUAAGCGUUGGAUUAGGUUCUGCUGUCAGUUUUCUGGGAAUGACACUGUUGUGGUUAACAGCCAUGAUCCCAGCGGCGCGGCCUCCACCUUGUAACCAUCCAACUCAAGGCUGUAAAUCAGCAACACCAGGUCAAAUGGCGAUGUUACUAUCUGCCUUUGGCCUAAUGUCAAUUGGAAAUGGUGGUCUUUCAUGUUCUGUAGCAUUUGGUGCAGACCAAGUUAAUAGAAAAGAUAAUCCUAAUAACCAUAGGGUCAUGGAAAUAUUCUUCAGUUGGUAUUAUGCUUUCACAACUAUUUCUGUCCUAAUAGCUCUCACUGUAAUUGUUUAUAUCCAAGAUCAUGUUAGUUGGAAAAUCGGUUUUGGUGUUCCAACGGUGCUUAUGUUUUUAUCUACUCUCUUCUUCUUUCUUUCUUCUCCUCUUUAUGUCAAGAAUGCAAAAAGAACAAGUUUGUUUACUGGUUUUGCACAAGUCACUGUUGCUGCUUAUAAGAACAGAAAACUUUCCUUACCACCUAAGAACUCAGUCGAAUUUUACCAUCACAAUAAGAGCUCAGAUCAUGAUCUUGUUGUUCCGACUGAUAGACUAAGGUUUUUGAAUAAAGCUUGUGUUAUUAGGGAUCAUGAACAAGACAUAGCCCCUGAUGGUACAGCAAUAAAUCCAUGGAGACUAUGCACCGUAAAUCAAGUAGAAGAAUUAAAAGCCAUUGUUAGAGUUAUUCCUUUGUGGUCUACAGGGAUCAUGAUGUCCCUUCACAUUGGAGGUUCAUUUGGAUUGCUUCAAGCAAAAUCCUUGGACAGACAUAUCACUUCACAUUUUGAAGUUCCAGCGGGAUCUUUGAUGGUUAUCAUGGUAGUUGCGAUAUUUUUAUGGAUAGUUCUCUACGACCGUGUUCUUAUUCCUCUAGCAUCAAAGAUAAGAGGUAAACCAGUGAGGAUCAGUGCAAAGAGAAGAAUGGGAAUUGGAUUGUUGGUAUCUUUUCUGCAGUUGGUAACUGCAGCAACUUUUGAGAGUAUAAGGAGAAAGAAAGCAAUCAAAGAAGGAUAUUUGAAUGAUACUCAUGGAGUGUUGAAAAUGUCUGCAUUAUGGCUUGCACCUCAACUUUGUUUAAGUGGUAUAGCUGAAGCAUUCAAUGGUAUUGGACAAAAUGAGUUUUAUUACACGGAGUUUCCGCGGUCUAUGUCUAGUGUUGCUUCUUCCCUUGGUGGAUUGGGAAUGGCUGUAGGAAACUUGGUAUCUUCUUUUGUAUUCAUCACUAUAAAAAACGUUACUUCUAAAGAUGGAAAAGACGGUUGGAUUACUGAUAAUAUUAACAAGGGUCGUUUCGACAAGUAUUAUUGGGUUAUAGCCGGUGUUAGUGCUCUUAAUUUAGUGUAUUAUUUAGUAUGCAGUUGGUCUUACGGACCUACAGUUGAUGAAUUAUCCGAGGCAAUUACCGAAGAAAAUGGUUCCAAGGUGGAAGAUUCAACUGAACUCAAGAAUGUGAAUCCACUAUUUGAUGACAAGGUUAGUGUUAGCUCAAAGGAGAAAAGGUUAACUGAAUUCAAGAAUGGCUUGAAAGAGGAAGAGUUAACAAAGGAUUAAUGAGGUUGAUUCAGCAAAUGGCUGGAAGGCUCUUUCUUUGGAGAUAGAGAUGCUGAAGUUAUGGUUGAUAUAUGAUAUAUAUGUUGAAUUUAGAUCAAAGCAAAUAUGCAAAUCUGAAUAAAACAAACACCUUACUAAAAUUACCCAUGCCUAUAUUAGAUCUUUGAUUUUGUAAUGUCUAAAUUUUUGCAUUUCUUGUUUGGGUAAAUGUUAUUAAAUUAGAGAGUUAUGUUAGUUUCUAAAAUUUGAGCACA